AUGGAGGGUGCUAGAAUAGAAAGGUGUAGUUAUCGUGCUGUAACUGUCCUGAUUGCGUUGGCUGAACAUACUAAAUAUGGAGAUGUUUAUAAAGAGAUAUGUUCAAGGUUUAAGGACCUGAAGGCAGGGAGUUUUAAGCUGACAUAUUCUCUUCCCGAGCAUCCUACUUGUUUGCUGCAAUCAGAUAUGGAUGUCACUUUGAUGCUAAUGUGUUUCUCGAUGUUGAAGAUUAGUUUUGUUGAUUUACUGGUGAAGGAUGUUGUGAUUUCGAAUAAUGAAGAUGGUGAUCAUACGGCAUCUAAUCAAGCAGGGUCUAAUCACGAAGCUUCUAAUCAUGCAGCUACUAAUCAUGUAGUGUCUUCUUCAUGUAUGGUAGAAAUUUGUGUUAUUGACGAGAAUGAACAUUUGGAUAACUUCGGGUUGUCUCAGGGCUGGAAAGAGUAUAUUAGUCAUGAAGGCCAGAAGUUUAUGGGUGGUGUAGACGAAUUUCGUAGCAAGUUGCGUAAAUAUGUAGUUGGGAUGGGAUUUAGUUUUGUUUAUCUAAGCAAUAAUAAGGCGCGUGUUAUUGCUGAAUGUUCUAAGAAGAGUUCAGAUGGAUGUAAGUGGCAUGUUUGUGCUUCAGUAUGUCGAGCUAACAGUUUUUUCUACAUAAAGACUUUAAAUAAUGUGCACUUGUGCACGAGCGUUAUCCAUGAGCAGAAUAGUGCGAUGAUAACUUCAAAGAUGAUAUCUUCUCUUUUAGUCGAUCAAAUCCGUGAGAAAUCGUCAAUUAAACCUAUAGAUAUCGUCAAGGAUGUUAAGCAGAACUAUGGCCUUGAUAUUUCUUACUAUAAUGCAUGGCAAGCGAAACAAAUGGCUAAGAUUGAGGUUCAUGGUGAUGAAUCAUUGUCUUAUAGUCAAUUAGCUUGGUAUCGUGAUGCUUUAAUAUCAACCAAUUCUGGGUCAUACUGUGUUGUAGAGUGUGAUCCAAACACUUUGCGCUUUUGGAGGCUUUUUGUUUGUUAUGGUGCCUGCAUUGAGGGCUUUCGGUGGUGCAGGCCUUUGUUGUUCAUAGAUGAAACUAAUCUGAAAAGCAAGUACAAGGGGCAGCUAAUUGGUGCGACGGGAAAGAAUGGAAACCAAGGAUCUUUCCCCUUUGCUUUUGCUAUCGUGGACAAAGAGAACGAGGAAAACUGGAGAUGGUUCUUUGAAAAUUUAGCUAAAGUUUUGACUCCGCAAGGUAGGACCAUUACAUUUGUAAUUGAUCAUAACAAUGUAAUUGAUCACAACAAAGAUGUGAUUGAAGCUAUUUCAAACAGAUUCCCAACAUUCCAUCUUGCAUUUUGUUUGAAGAAUUUGAAAAAGAACCUUGUAUCUAAAUAUCACUCUGGCUAUGGUAAAUUUUUCCAGGAUGGAAUUUGUGAUCUUUUUAUGAAAUGCGCUUAUGCUCCAACGGAAGCUGCUUUUGAGCAAAGCAUAAGAAAUUUAAAGGACAAAGGUGGUGCUCAUGCUAAGACUUUUUUAGAAACUUUUCUUGAAGAAAAUUGGUCAUAUGCUUAUUUUAAGGGCAAUCGGUAUGGCGAAAUACAUAAGAAUAUUUAUGAAUCAUUUCAUUCUUGGAUUUCGAAGCUUUAUAUGAUGCCCAUCUGUCAAAAGCUUGAAGGAAUCAGGAUUAAACACAUGGUAAUGAUGUCUGAAAAGAGUCGUGAAGCAGAACAAUGGCGCUCUAUUCUCUGUCCUGAAAUGGAGAAAACCUUGGAAGACAUGUCGAUGGUUGGUCGGCAUUGGAAUGUUAGCAGUUCUAGUGAUUCUGUUUUUGAGGUUCAUGCUGAUGUUUCCUGUUGUGGUUGA